UUUGUUUGUUUAGAAUGGGAUGUGCAUGGAUAGUGUGAUAUCAGUUCCAACGGAUAAAACGAUGAGCUGAAUACCAUGACCAAAGUAAUCGGCUGUAAAUCACUAUCAUGGAAACCAUGUCGUUGCUGUUACUUUGCUUUAUUGUUGGAGUUAAAAGCGUACCGAUUGAUUUCGGUAACCAACGCAUCAUGGGCGGUAUCCAAGCCAGUUCUGGUGAAUUUCCGUACGUCGUUUCCGUCACGUAUAAUGACCAACAUCAUUGCGGAGGAUUUAUUUACAACCUCCAGUGGGUCAUAACGGCUGCAUCUUGCGCUUAUGGGAAGUACCCAAGCGAGCUUAAGGUGACCGUCGGACAGCUGUCAUUGAAUAAUGUUGAUCCUGGGGAAGAAAUAAUAUUUGUGUUUUCUAUCCGAACUCACCACGCCUACGAUCCCGUGACGAAAUCGAACGAUAUCGCGAUGCUAGAGCUAGCGACACCGAUUACGAUUGGACCUAACGUGAACUGGGUUAUGUAUGAUGAAAUCGACGAAUCUGUCCCAUAUGGAACAUUCGUAGGAUGGGGUGCUACUCAGAACGAAGGGCUACCUUCACUGAAGUUACGCAAAGCGAAUCUGGCCAUUUCGACUAAUUGCCCGACUUAUUAUCCAAGCAACGACUUCAACUAUAAUACCAUGAUAUGCGCUGGCGAUGCGAAUAUUGGACCUUGUGCAUACGACGAAGGGUCGCCUUUGGUUCAGAAAAUCUCCAACCAGGACGUUGUGGUUGGCAUUAUGUCGAAGAACCAAGGAUGUGGUCCAAAUUUCCCUCCUUCUGUUUUUACGCGCUUAUCUGUUUUUUAUUCUUGGAUUCAAAAUCAGGCCGGUGUACAACCAACUCGCCCCACAACAACAGCUACCGUGCCUACAACAAUAACGGCUCCAACAGCACCAUGCUUUAACUGCGAAACUGCUCCUCCUGUUCAACAACCAGGAAUUCUGUAUCAAUAGUUUUAAAGCUAUUAGUAAACCUAGUAGACUUACGCCUUUCAACGCUCACAUUUUAACGCCAGCUUAACUGUUCCACGUUCAAAAUGGUCUGGUA